CAUUAUACUCAGUUUUACUGGAAUGCCUGAGAGUAAAAGAGAACUUUAAAAAAUGGAAGGGGCCAAUCAAACCAUUGUGACAGAAUUUGUCUUGCUGGGCCUCUCUGGCCACCCAAGGCUGGAGACCAUUUUCUUUGUUCUGGUGCUGUGGAUGUACCUGGUGAUCCUUCUGGGCAAUGGUAUCCUUAUCAUAGUAACUAUCUAUGACUCCCACCUGUACACACCCAUGUACUUCUUCCUUGGCAACCUCUCCUUCCUGGACAUUUGCUACACAACGUCCUCUGUGCCCUUAUUUCUAGACAGUUUCCUCACUCCAAGGAAAAUAAUAUCCUUUUCUGGUUGUGCAGUACAAAUGUUUCUAUCCUUUGCAGUGGGAGCAACUGAAUGUGUGCUCCUGAGCAUGAUGGCAUUUGACUGCUACGUGGCCAUCUGCAAGCCCCUGAGAUACCCUGUUAUCAUGAACAAGGAUACUUAUGUGUCAAUGGCUGCUGGGUCAUGGAUAGCAGGAGGCAUCACCUCUACAGUGCAAACCUCUCUUGCAAUGAAAUUGCUCUUUUGUGGAGAUAAUGUCAUCAAUCAUUUCAUAUGUGAAAUCCUGGCUGUCCUCAAAUUGGCCUGUGCAGAUAUCUUACCUAAUGUGAUUAGCAUGACACUUGCUGAUGUAAUUUUUCUGGUUUUCCCAGUGCUGUUCAUUUUUAUUUCUUAUGUUUUCAUCCUCUCCACAAUAUUGAGGAUUCCUUCAGCAGAGGGGAGACGCAAAGCCUUUUCCACCUGCUCAGCCCACCUGACUGUGGUGAUUGUAUUCUAUGGAACAAUCUUUUUCAUGUAUGUGAAACCCAAAUCUAAGGACUCUCUUGGAGUAAGCAAAGAAUACAUUACAGACAAGCUUAUCUCCCUGUUCUAUGGUGUUGUGACUCCCAUGCUCAAUCCUUUGAUCUACAGCCUGAGAAACAAAGAUGUGAAGACAGCAGUGAAGAAUUUGAUGGGUCAAAAGCUCUUCGCUGAGUGA